UUCUUUGAAAAUUCUGCCCCACCACUACCGUUAAUUUCAUGGGUCCCUAAAUUGAAUAGAUAGAUAUGUGGGCAGUGACUUAGAAGCAUCCUCUAUCAAAAGACCUCACAGAAUAUGCUACUGAUACAAAUAACAAAUUACUCAAGACUAAUUCAAAGCACAUGAUCAUACAGGCCUUGGAUAUAAAAUAUAUGGAAUAGAUGAAGGCCGAAAACAACAUAAUCUACAUUCUAGAUCUAAUAUUAUCAAGGCAGAAAAAAGUGGAAGAAGACGCAUGUAAUACUUAAAUAAAGCCAUAGUCAGAAUGAAAACAUAAGAACGUAUUGAUAAAACAAUUUUCUUUUGAAAAAGAAAAAUGCUCAUAGGACGCCAACAUUUUAAAACAAAUUGCUGUAGAUCUAGAUAUCUAGAUCUACCUGUAGUUCUAUGAAACACGAUGCUUCCGUAAAAGACUAGAAAAUCAUGGUAAACAGGUGAAUCAAUUACAGAAUUUCCUUUCGUAAAUUCUAAGAAUGGACUGCCAUUUUAACUUGGAUCUGGAGAAAGUGAAAGACACAUUGUAUGGAGGAGAAUUGUUGAAGCUUCUAAAAUAACGGAAAGGGCAGGGUGUAGAAUAGAUGUCAGAAGAUGAUAUCUCAAGAUUUUGGCCUGGACACCCUAACUUAAGGGUAGACCAAGCAUCCAUUCAUGAUUAUUCAGUUAGAAUCAGUACAUUUCAAUUUUCAUUAUAAAUAUCAUGUCGGGGUUAACCAUCUCGGGUUAAUGUAGAAAACAGCCACUUUCCCUCAAAUAAUAGGCCUAAUCUAAAUCUAGAUCUAGAUCUAGGCCUACUCAUAUUUUACUUACACUGGUGGUGAUCGUAGGCUAAAUCUAGUCACCAAUAUGUAAGUCCUUGCUAGACUUCGACUUAGAAUUUGAAAGUACCGUGGCGAGGCUGAAAGUGAAAGGUAACCGAACAAAAAACAUACAUAGGCGUGCAUAUAUAUACUGUUUUUUGCACCUACCUUGAAGAAGUCCAGAUCUGACCGAAAGCAAGUUGAUCUACGAUUCUAAAUCUAGAUAUCUAGAUUUGUCUAGAUCUAAAUCUAGAUUCUAUUUGAUAAUUCAAAAAUCUUGCAAGAUAAUCUGCGGACGAAGUCGCCUGAACUCUGCCUCCAAACUAAAAUAUUUAAACCUAAAACUUCUGGUUUAACAAUUUCGCGAAGGAAACUCUAAAACUAGAGUCUAUCUGUAGGCAGAUCUUAACUUAGGCCUAGACUAGUACAAACUUUCGUCGAAAGCUGCUCUCACGUCACGAGUGGUAGCUCUAUUCGAUUCUACUCCCUUAACUUUGGACGUAAAACCAGAAAAUAGGCUUUGGCUUGUUCAAGAAGCAGCUUGACGAGGACGCGCGAGGGAUUUUCUAAGAAUAGCUGAGCUCCCCAACGGAAAAAUCCGAAAACUAAGGGAAGUGACUCCGACUAUUGGGCCUAACUCCUGAGGAGUUGGCCAAGCCAAACACUGCAGCGUUCAGCAAUGUAGGCCUACCAGGAAGAAGAAAGAGAACGAAUGCCCAAACUGUUAUCAAGCAGGAAGAAGAAAGGGAACACAAGGUCCGAAUGUAAAUUUUGAUAUCAAGCAAAAAGACGAAAGGGAACAAAGUUUAAGGAACAAAGACCUGAAUGCGACUCACGAGACAAUGACUCAUGGAGUCGGCUAGAUCUAUAGAUCUAUGAGGAAUAUAAAAGUUUAUUAAGUGAAACUGUACUUUCUUUCACUUUCUGCAAGUGAAAGUUGAACCCAGUGUCAGACGGGUCAGAGUAAGACAAGACUGUGUAACAUUUCAAAAGACUGAGCGACCCAUAUAGAACAUGUCAGCAUCAUCUACUUCUACCAUGGAUGCAAAGUGUGCCUUUCUGUUCGUGUUGUGCUUCUCAACUGGAUUCUGUUUACAAUGCCUGGACAAUGAUGGCAAGGCAGUAGACUGGUAUUCUGUCUACAAGUAUCCAAGGGUCCGCUCACCUAAGAGCUUGAUUUUCAAAGAAGGACUGGCUUUUGUCUAUCUGGAUGUGCGAAACCCACAAUGGGAAUUGUCCAAAACGCCCAUUAAUGCAACUGGGAAUGCAGUUUAUAACACACUGCAGCAAAUUUAUAAGUCAAAGGGAGAAUCUAUAAUGUACAUGAUGUACAACGAUGAACAUCCAGAAGGGUUAGAGACAGACCACAACGGUCAUACUAAAGGAGUUGUCGCUUUUGACCGAACUUCUGGUUUUUGGAUGAUACACAGUUCUCCAAAAUUCCCCCCUGCUAGAAAGUUCAGCUAUAACUGGACUGCACACGAUAAUGGCCAGACCGUGUUAUGCAUCUCUUUUCCCUUCAAGCAGCUUCAAAAUAUUGGGACUCAACUGUUGUACAAUGAACCGACUAUCUAUGACUACGUACUCCCUGCCGAUUUCGCCAGAGAUUUUCCUGUCCUUAAGAAGGUCAUUGACAGACAGCAUCCACUUGGACCCCCGUGGUCAAGCGUUCUCAAACUCUCAUCUCUAGGCGGAGAGACUUUUGUUAGUUUUGCAAAGUCUUAUAAAUUUGGUGCAGAUUUGUAUGAUGCUUUAGUAGCUCCAACUCUGAAGAACGACCUCCUUGUUGAGACAUGGCUGAGGACUGAGGGUACGAAGCUGCCCUCAAACUGUUCCGCCCACUACAAGGUCUUCAAAGUCACAGGAAUUUCACUGCCUGGUCCAGUAUUUUUCAAGGAAACCAAAGACCAUGCCAAGUGGGCGGCUAGCUAUGUGAAGAAUGUCUCCAACAUGAGUUCCGUCCCCUGGACAUGUAUCGGGGACAUCAACCGUAUGGAGAGCCAGUUCCACAGAGGGGGUGGCACCGUGUGUUUGCAGAACCUCGGCAUGUGGAAAGCUUUCAACAAUUCAGUAAACAGCUUUGACUCAUGUCAUUAGCCUAAGAUUUUUCUGCUUCGGAUAAGACACGUACCUGUAGGUCAAGAACAGCCGAAAGAAUUUAAUAAUUGAUCACAUAAAUUAGUGCCAAAAGUUUUGUUUUUGUACAUUAUAGCGAGACUUUACUUUUACUUUUACUUUACUUUUCCGAUUCAGUGGCCAAGUGGCCAAGUGGCCAUCUGAGUUCUAGUCUUUGAGCCUGAAUAGUGAGACUUUAAAAAUAAUUAUGUUGAGGAAGACUAGCCGCAUGCACUUUUUUAACGGAGAAUAAAACCAAAUUUUGUUGCAUAGAGUUUAUAGACGAAUAACAGAAGAAAAUAGACUAGUCAUGUCUUAUUAGCGGGCAUUAUUAUAUAUGUGGGUACGUGGGAAAACUAAGUUCAUGUUAUUGAUAGCUGAAUUGAGCGAAAGCUGAAAAAAGUGUAAAAAAUGGAUUUUUGAAAUUGUAUUCCUAUUUUCUAUUAAUUAUUUUGACUUAGAUAUAUUUAUUAAAAAGUUAGAAGUUUUGAACAAACAGAAAAGUACAAAAGAUAUUUUAAAACAUUUUUUGUGAAGUGUGCAUAAACUCACCAAAGUUGAAAUGAAUCAUAAAUCUAACAUAACAACGCUGUUGUUUUGUGGCUUUUCUCCUCCUUACAUAAUAGAGAAUUGUCAUACUGCUUGGUAUGUGGGGAAAGCUCUGUUUCUCUAUUGUUAGAAUAGGAUGAUUUUGAGUUGUAUCAACCAGUGAGACAAAUGGGAUAGCAAUCAUUUUUGUGUUCCCUGCAUUUCUGCUUGGGAAUGCGUACUUUUCAAGAUCAGGGAAUGGAUACAGUAAAUUUAGUCAUUUUAUCAUGCUGUGCCUUUUUUUUUUUUACAUUUACUUCGUUCUCUCAUGUGGUUUGGGGAUUCUUUAUAGAAUUACCAAUGCCUAAAAAGGGCAUAACCGCUGUUGACUAGCUGCAAUAUGGGUUAGAACCUAAAAACCUCCAAAAAAAUGUAUUCCACAACUACAGAUGCAUUUUUAUCGAAACUUUGUCUUUAAUUGAAAACACCACAACUUGGCUACAAAGUAAGACAUCUUGGAAAUCUAAAAAUCCAAAGCAUAAUUUAGAGAACUGACAGAAGUAUAGCAUGACUGUCUCAGUUCAAAAUGCCUGACAACUACAAUGUGCCUAGUUUUCCCUGGCACCCACACAUAUUAUGAGACUUUCUUCUAUUUCUGCCCAAAGAAAAUUUGUUUGUGGUCCUUUCCAAGCAGUCUGUAUUUUAAUAUGCAAAUGGAAAAAUGAAGGAACAGUGGUUUUAAGAAACUUUUUUGUAAGUUGAUGUCAUUUGUAAAACCAGUUGUAUAAUGUUAGAAUGAUUUGGGAUUGUACUGGAAGAAAAAAAAAUACCGUUGAUAUAUAUUGAUGAAAGCUGGAGUAAUUUUUUUAAAUAAA